ACGAAAUUGAGUGAAAACGAAGUUUUGUCUACGGCGACAUCGGAGAUAUUUUUUCGAUUUCGGUCUAUGUUGUCAAAAAUGAACCGUAGGUGGUUUUGGAGUUAAUUGCAUUACAAAGAACUUGUACUUGCUCCACAUUGACACGCGCUUGUCGUAAUACACUUUCAAAUUACGCUUUGUAUACAUAAUAGCACUACAUUAAGGUUGUUUUUUAUUAAUUACGGUGAACGUUUCGUAGCUUGGGUUAAGUAUAAAAGCUGAGAUUUCAAUCCCCAAAGUCAGUAUCGUUUCGUAGUGUGCAGUUUAACAGUUCAUCAUGUACUCACAGAUCGUAGCCUUUUCCGCCCUUGUGGCGUACGCUAGCGCCGGACUCAUCGGGGGUCACGGAUACGCCGCCGCACCCAUUGCGUACUCACACGCAGCCCCUAUUGCAGUCGCCGCACACGCAGCCCCAAUUGCAGUUGCCGCACAUGCAGCCCCCGCCGUUGACUACUACGCACAUCCCAAAUAUGAAUUCAACUACGGAGUAGCUGAUGCCCAUACCGGGGACCAAAAAAGCCAACACGAAGUACGUGAUGGAGAUGUUGUUAAGGGAUCUUACUCACUCCACGAAUCCGACGGUACCAUCCGUACUGUCCACUACACCGCCGAUGACCAUAACGGUUUCAACGCCGUAGUAUCCAGAUCUGGACACGCAUUAUUAAGUAAUUCGUAA